GUCCUCCAUCAGGUUAUAGCCCUUUGCGCUGAAGAGCAAGCGUAUAAGGUUGAUUUACAGCUCAAUUGGAUAUUGAAGCUUACGAUCAACAUCCUGAACGGUUAUCCUUGUGGAUAACGAGGUUUUACGAGCACAAGAGAGAGCGUACGUUGAGAUAGACGCCUCCUAUACGUGCAACCCCUGUAGCUUUCUGGCACGCGACCAGAGAGUGAGCGAAACGCCUGCUAAACGCACCUAGCAAGCAAAUCGAGCACCUGGCAACGCCAAAGCCAUGGUGAACCGUACGGACGAACCGGAGCACCGAACUCCUGACCGGGAGGCUCCAACAAACCUCCCUACACCCCAAACCGAGCUUAGGCGGUCGAGUAGGCUCAGAGGCAGCUCGCCAAACGACGAGCAGGAGCCUAGGGAGGAGAGUGAACUCCAAAUGUUGCGCAGAAUGAUGCUGAAUCAACAGGAGAUGAUGCAAAAGCAACAGGAGUCGAUGCAAAGGCAACAGGAGACAGUACAACAGCUGGCACAGCAAGUGAACCUCCUAUCAGGCCAAGCAAGCACCGCAAACGCACCUGCAACGAUGCAGGAGAACCUAGAGCACGAAGCUCAACAAGAAGAAGAAGAGGACCGAGAAAUAGACUCUGAUGAGGAACUAGAAGAAUAUGUCGGCAACCUUAUAGACACAAAUACGCGAAUCGGCAGAGCAAUCACCCAAUUCACGAAGAUCACGAAGACGGUGAAGAAGCCUAUGACCCUGGCUGGAGCCAGCAACUACCUAGCAUGGAGCAAAGCCAUCCUAAAGGUAGCCCGCCAAGUAGGUGUUGAGAAGAUUAUCCUGGAAAGGCAAGAGACUUCACCACGGCCAGAGCGCUUGAAGAUUUCACAAUACUGGAAUGUUCAGAAUAAUUGGCUACACGGCCUAAUCGACAGCACAAUAUCUGCACAAGCCAGAGAACACUUCGAGGAAUCGGAUAGCCUUAGUGCCUACAAACUCUGGGAAGCUGUAAGGACAGCCUUCCAAGAGAGACCUGAGAUACAGCGGGAAAGCCUACUUGCGGAGUUAGUGAGAAUGACACCACAAUCCGCUGGCUCAGAAAGGAAUUAUAUAGAGAGAUUCCUAGCAAUCCGUGGGGAAUUUGAGAGAUUAGGGUUCAAACAACUGGACCACACCCUACAUGAUAUCUUAAAGAUGAACAUUACGUCCCGAUGGAGAGAGUUCAUACAGAACCGAUUUGAUAUGGCAUGCCAGAGCGGAACGAACCUACCGGAGAAGGAUCUGGAAGGCCUACUGAAGGAUAUCCUCCACCGAAUCCCCAAGAAAGACCUGAAGAAAGGUGGAUCUACAAAGCCAAAUACAAAUGCAACAAGCUCGGAUCCCCAAAAGUCUUAUAAGAAUACGAACUCCGAAUCCAAUCCAGAGAAGAGCUCACUGCAGAACUGGAACUGCUAUAUUUGUGGCAAACCUGGCCAUUUGGCUAAAUUUUGCAAAUCUAACAAGAAUUCGAAGCCUAACGAGCCUAAGGAAGACUCUAAAGGCAAAGGCAAGGAAACAACUACGGUUGCAACGGACAAGAUCCAUUCGGUUCACGAAGCAGCCUUUUCUAUGAAAGAAGCGCGCGAAUCCACAGACAAAUGGAUCCUUGACUCUGGAGCCGGAUCCCACGCGACCUCACGUACGGAUCUAGUUCAAAUGGACCCAAAGAGCCAUGCAACACAACUGCUUAUGGCGAACGGUUCGAAAUCAGUCACCAGAGGAUUUGGCACGGCCAGUAUCCAAACUGACAACGGAGAAUUGAGCAUUGGGGGGGUUAGAAUCGUGCCUGACCUCCAGGUUAACCUCAUAAGCUUUGGGAAGCUUAUACGAGACGGCUUUACAGUGGAACAGCUUUAUGUCGACGGAGAACACGUCUUCCUACUAGAAUCGGCAGAUAAAACACAGAGCUUCGAAGCUGUGCUUAACGAGGAUGACAUCCUAGUCCUACGAACGCCUAGGAUACGCAAUUUACUGGCAUACGCGUUUCCAGUACCUACGAAACUCCUAGAGCCCUGCUAUGUAACAGCAACUCUGGAGAAUAAAGAUAGAGAUGACGCGCUUUUGGCACCGAAUCACCUGGCAAAGACGCCAGAAAUCAAGGAGGAUACGAUGGCCAAUUGGCACAAACGCUGGGGGCAUCUCAACGCCCACGAUAUAGCUAUUCUAGCUAGAGAUCCGAGAAUGGCAAUGCGAAUAAAGGGAGUAAAGAAGCUAGGGUUCUGUGAAACCUGUGCUAAAGCUAAGCAAGCUCGCAACCCAUUCGAACCUAGAACACGCUCUACAAAGCCUGGAGCUAAAAUUUUUAUUGAUAUUGCAGGUGGCGGCCGUACCCUAUCCACAGACUCCGAUCCUCCAAGCUACGGCGGAGCGAAGUAUUUCCUACUUAUAACGGACGAUGCCACACGAUACAGGUGGAUCUACCUCCUGAAGGAGCGGGUAGAAGCCCCAGAAACCCUGAAGAACUGGAUCAACAUGAUCGAAGUGUCUACCGAACGAAAGGUCGGCACUAUACUGUCCGAUGGAGCUCCCGAAUUGACGAGCCAACAACUGGCUGAAUUCUACAGGAGCAAGGGUAUACAACAGGAGAUUACGUGCCCAUAUACACCUCAACAAGAUGGAACGAGUGAACGAGGAAUACGACUUCUUUGCGAGCGAACAAGAAGCGUACUUAUAGACUCAGGACUACCCAAUGAGUUAUGGGGCGAAGCUCUCGCCACAGUCUCCAUGAUGGUGAAUCUAUCGCCUACCUCAGUGCCUCUAUACGGAUGCAAGAACACGAAGCCGUUGACACCCUUUGAAGCCUGGACGGGUCACCAACCCCAUUGCAGAUGGGUCCAUAGGUGGGGAUGUGACGCCUACGUGAAGAUUUUGAACGAAUCCUCGAAGCUCCAACCUAGGUCCAAGAAGGUCAAAUUUGUAGGAUAUCGUGGCAUGCACACCUACAGGCUUUGGGACCCAGAAACGAACAGUAUAAUGAUCUCGCGAGAUGUUAUAUUCGACGAGAAAUUGGAUCAAAUCCCUACGAAUUCGCUAACCGAAGCCGAAUACGUUGAACUCCCGGAGGAGUACGAUUACAUAGAUCCAUUGAAUGGCUGGCAACACAAGCUACUAGCUUACCUUGCGAAGGAGAAGCCAGAAAUCAUGAAGAAGCUCGCGGACGGCGAAUUAGAGGCUUUAGAGCCCACAUACCUGGGCGAAGAGCAAGAAAUCCUCUCGGAUGCUACGGAGGAAGAAGAGGCAAAUGGAGCUGAGCUUCCAGUGCUCAGUACGCGUACAGAUAUACCAAAAUCCAUCGCCGAAGCCAAACGCUCUGAAGAGUGGCUUUAUUGGAAGGAGGCUCUAGAUGUUGAAGUCUCCAAAUUACAAGAGAAAGGCACCUGGAUCCUAGUCGAGAAGGAACCCCAAAUGCAGAUCCUCUCUGGCAAAUGGGUAUUCGAUAGGAAGCUCAACAACACGGGUGGCACAGUACGAUUCAAAGCCCGUUGGGUCGUACGUGGAUUCGAACAGCAAGAAGGCGUUCACUACAAGAAGACCUACGCAGCAGUUGUUAGUGGACCUACAACGAGAGCCUUCUUUGCUAUCUCAACAGCCAAGAACUGGAAGGUCAGAGUCUUUGACUUCGUGACAGCCUUCCUAAAUGGAACUCUUCCAGAGGACGAACGUGUAUACGUUCAACUACCCACUGGAUUCAAGCACGGGCGGGGUAACCUAGUAGGGCUCUUACGCCAGGGACUCUACGGGUUGAAGCAAGCUGCUAGGCUUUGGUAUCAAGCAGCUACUGACUAUCUGAAAUCUCUAGGAUUCCAGAUCUCUCCAUACGAUGCGGGGUUACUCUACCACAAGAGGAAGCAAAUCUACCUAACCCUACACGUCGACGACUGCCGUAUAAUGGGACCCAACGAAGCCGAAAUAGAAUGGCUCAUUGAGAAGCUUCAGGAACGCUUCGAGAUCAAGGAGGUUACGGAACAAGGCCGUUACCUAGGCAUGCGGGUUCAAAAGCAGCCGAAUGGAGACCUUUUUGUGAACCAGGAACAGUAUAUCGAGGAUCUACUGACUGAAUAUGGAAUGGAAGACUGUAAACCUUCCAAAACGCCAAUGAAGAAAGGAAUAAGCAUCGAAUUCGCGCCAGAUCAGACCCUCAAAGAUGGAGUUGACGAGCAGGCUACGCCUACGAAUUACAGGAAAGGCCUGGGCUCUCUACAGUUCCUAGUUACGUGUACGAGGCCGGAUAUUGCAUUCGCAGUCAAUUAUCUGGCGAGAUUCAACAGCAGGCCCAAUAGGGAAAGCUGGGCGGCGUUCAAGCAGAUCCUACGCUACCUCAAGGGCACAAAAUCGAAAGGAAUAGUCUUCAAAAGGGAUAUGGAUCCUGAAGGCUUGAAACCGGCGGCCAGUUCGGAUUCUGACUGGGCUGGAGCCGACCCUGCGUACAAAUCCACCAGCGGCUACAUUAUUACCAUGAACGGAGCUCCAAUAUCGUGGAGAUCACAGCGCCAGACGUCCGUCUCGAAAUCAACGACCGAAGCGGAGUAUUUGGCAGCUAGCGAAGCUGCUUGUGAACUAGUUUGGAUCAACGACCUGUUGAUAGACGCCGGGGUGAUUAGCGAAGGCUCAGCAAAGCUAAGGAGCUCAAAAUUAAGUGUUGACAACAAGGGAGCGGUUGACUUAGCCAAAGCUGAAGCUAUAACGCGAAGAGCACGCCAUAUUGAGAUUCGGCACCAUAUGCUAAGAGACUGGGUUCAAAAGGACGAAAUCUCAAUCGAGCACGUUGGAACCGACGCGAAUAAAGCUGACGGGCUCACGAAGGCUCUUGCAAUGGAUCCCUACGCUCAAUUCGUGAGCGCGAUAGGGGUGACGAGUUGAUACAGGAAAAUAUGGAGGUUUAUCAGUGAAGCCAGCGAAAAUACGGUAUCGCGGCGAACGGAGCUAAGCCUAAAGAAGGAAUAAAUCUGGAUUCUGUAAUUAAUUUUUAUCGCGGAUUUGAGAGAUUUGGAAGCUUUGGAUCUUUGUGGCUCUCGCUCGCUGCUGGAGCUCGUUGCAUGGGGGGGUGUUAGGUAAUCCAACUAGCACCUCGCUCACGUGACCCACAUAGAUUAGCCGAGAUUCCCCUUUAGGUAGCUUAGUGAAUGACAAGCAUACAAGUCCUCCAUCAAAAACGCUUGGCGGCGCGGAAGAACCAGCUUUUCCGGCUGCCCGUGCGCCGAGCCAAUCCGAGGCUGCUGAUUUGUUAACUAAGCAAUUGGCAGAAGUUCCAAAGGAAACCGAUCGAGAAUAACACAAAACGACGAAACGACGUCGUUCUCGUUACCCGCAAUCCCCCGUCCCUCGCCAUCAUUCCCUUCUCCUCGCUAUCUCCCUUCUCUUCCCUUUCAUAGUUUUCCCCUUGUGAUACCUUUUCAUCUCUUCAGGAU